CUGUUUCUCAUUAUUUAGAGCAACUCAUUAAAUAGCAAACUCAACAUAGUCCUGCGUCUCUACUACCUUGAUAGCUACGUCACUGAUGACAUGCACGGUGACUUUACAACUAAAGUAAAGAACGACUUGGCGUUUGCGCAGUCACAUGGAUGGACUGUUGUCCUGCGCUUUGCUUAUAUAAAACAAUGCCCGUUUAAUGACGCAACUCUUGCCCAGAUGUUACGACAUAUACAAAAACUCAACGAAUAUAAUGUGUUUAAAGAUUACAGUGUGGUCAUUGCAGCCAUACAGGCCGGCUUUAUUGGACGAUAUGGGGAAUGGCACUAUUGGGAUGAACACAAUCCUUGUCCAAAUAGAGACUUUGGCGAGGCUAAUGGGUGUAGCGACACGUUCGGACUUAACGACACUCAGUGGAGGGCAAGGAGACAAAUAAUUGAUGCCCUCCUCAAUGCCAGUCCUAAAUCUGUAGAUAUCCUAGUGCGAGUACCAUUUUACAAAUAUCACGAGUUUGGAAAAAAUCCGACAACGUUGGAUGAAGACAGAGCAGAAACGGAUGCCUCUAGAAUAGGCUACCAUAAUGAUGCUCUGUUAUCUGAUCAUCAAGAUCAGGGAACAUUCAAAUGUCCUGGUGAUAGAACUUACAUGCAUGAAGAUACUAAAUAUAACUUUGUCAUCGGAGAAACAAACGACCCAACACAUCACAGCGAAUAUGCAUGUCCAAAAGCUAUGACAGAUCUGAAAUAUUUCCACUACUCGUCUGUGCACAAAGAUUACGAGGAACACGUCAUACAAUAUUGGAAAGACCACGGAUGUUAUAAUGAAAUAGCGGCACGACUCGGAUAUAGACUUUAUAUGAAAAAUGCAAUUCUUCCGGACACAGCUAAAAGCGGUGGUCAGUUUUGCUACAAGAUCGUUCUGCGUAACGUUGGGUAUGCUGCUCCAUUUAAACAACUUCAAGUGAAAAUUGCUCUUAAAAGCUCUAGCGGAUCCCCACAUUAUAUGGUGAUUCCCAAUGUUGAUGUAAGAACAUGGCAACCAGAUACAGAUAUUACCCUAAGUGGUUCUGUUACAAUACCAUCAGGUAUGCAGGGCACCUACAAGGUUUAUCUAGUAUUGGCUCACAAAGAAUUGUCUGAUAAUUGGCGCUACAAUGUCUUAAUGGCCAACAGAAACGGUGUACCACAAACAUCUACCCGAAUGAAUGCUCUUCUUCAUUCCGUCACAGUUACAUCAGGAUCUUGUAGUGGUGGAUCAACUGGCUCGGGAACAUCAUGCCACACAAUGCACUUGUCAGAUGGCUCCUUUGAAAGUAGUACCUCGGGUUGGUCGAAAUAUUCGCAGGGAUUUACCGUACAAUCAAGUAGUGACGCCCAAGAUGGAAGUAAAUAUAUACGUGUAGAAAAUGGUGCUGCCGAACAAACAAUAGACUUCUCCGGGUCACCGGUGCAUGAGUUCAGAUUAAGCGGUUACAGUCGACAUAGUUCUGAUGCACAUGUCUCGGAUCCAGCAGACUACAGCAUUUACUGUGACCUUGUGGACACAGACGACAACAGUUUAUAUGGAUAUACAGAAAACUUUGAUACAUCCACCACCCCCGAGGUGUGGCACUUGAAAGAACUACAUGUUGUAACCAGCAAGUCUAUCAAAACAGCCACAUGUUACGCCAUGUUUAGGAAUGGACAAGGAUAUGUAUACUUUGAUAACUUUCGGUUGAACACCUGCGCAGGUCAAAGCUGUAGAUAUCAGACAGCCGAUGGAUCUUUUGAAGUUGGAGAUGGAUGGGUUAACUAUCAAGAUGGAUUUAAGAGACAUCAAGGACAUGCACAGAAUGGCAACUAUUAUAUUACAGUAACAAAUGGUGGUGCAACUCAGUAUAUAGAUUUUAAUAGUGGAAGCAUUACAAGAUUUACAUUAAGUGGCUACAGCAGAGCUAACUCAGUGUCCGGUAUAUCUGGAAGUGAUUACUCUAUUUACUGUGAUCUAACCCAUCCAAAUCAUGACAAUACAUGGGGUGAACACGCUGAUUUUGAUCCAUCUCAGUCGUCAUGGCAACAUGCUGUUUUAAACGUAGUUUCUCCAAAGGUUAUAUUAGGUGCGAGAUGUUAUGCCAUGUUUCGCAACGGACACGGAUCUGCUGAUUUUGACAAUUUUCAGCUGGAAUCGUGUGAAUAAUGGCUCCCAUAUCAAUACAGGAUAUGCUGUUCUAGUUACAGGAACUUUAGUUCGACAUUUCAGCCCAGUAAAAUCUGCUUCGACAAACGUACACAACAUGACUUUUAGAAAGAAAAUCUGUUUAGUGCAUUUUUGCAAUAUCAGAUGAAAAUAAUCAAAUAGUAAUUUAUCAACUUUAUGCUACUUCUAAUUUAUUGGGUCAAAAACAUAUUAAAUUGCCAUGUGGUACAUAUUGACAUUACAGCAUAAAAUAUCGAGACUUUCUUGUAACAAUUUUAUUUUAAUUACAGCAUAGAUGUACAUUACACCAAGUGUAUAUAACACAUUGGCAUACCGCAUUGAUUUUCCUGAAAAAUGGGUGUUAUAAUGUGAUACACUAAGACCUAAGUUAAGCCGUCGUAUUCCGUG